AUGGGAAAGAAUAAAAAAAAAGUGACCUUGACCCAUGCAGAGGUCUGGGAUGAUUCUGCCCUGGUUCAGUCCUGGGACGAUGCUGUCGAAGAAUACCAGCAUUAUUGGAGCAUUCACGCCAAGGGUGAAAAUGUUGAGGAUGUCUUGAGAGCAACGGAAGACACUGGUGUUGUUCCGGCUAUACAUGACAGUGACAUUCAAAGCACCAAACCUGUUGAGGAUGGUGCCAACAAAACCCAGAAUGAGGAUGUCUCGAUUGUUGACGAGCAGAUUUCUGAGCCUGUUCCCGAGCCUUCUCAACCCGUGGCUGCUGCCAGUCCUGCGGUUUCCACGCCUGCUAUGCCGAUGCCUCACCCAAUCAUGGCAAAUGUCCAAGAUGAGUCGUUGAAGCACCUCAUGAUGUCAUGGUACUAUGCGGGCUACUAUACGGGACUUCAUGAAGGGCAACAACAGGCAAGCCGCGACCAGAGGUCAUGA